UCGCCCGUUGCGCCGCGACCAGCUCGGCCCCGCACCGCCGGGCGGCCCUGCCCCGCCGCGGAGAUGGGCGAGAUGGAGUCCUAUAAGGUGAUGCUGAACGGGCCGGCGCCCUGGGGCUUCCGGCUGCAGGGAGGGAAGGACUUCAGCAUGCCGCUCUCCAUCUCCAGGCUGACUCCAGGUGGAAAGGCUGCCCAGGCCGGUGUGGGAGUGGGCGACUGGGUGCUGUACAUUGAUGGGGAGAGCACCAGCGCCAUGACGCACAUCGAGGCCCAGAACAGGAUCCGCGCCUGCGGGGACAGGCUCUGCCUCACUCUGAGCAGAGCCCAGAACCACCUGGGGAAGCCACAGAAGGUGCAGAGCCUUGACAAGAAACCACAGGAGCACCCCAGUUCCCCCAAAUAUGACCCCAGCAAGUUGCAUCUGAUCGAGGAUUCGGAGGACUGGCAGCCCCGCAACACCAGCACCCAGUCCCGUUCCUUCCUCAAACUGGCCCAGCUGACGGGCACAGACAGCUUUGAGGACCACGAGGACGAGCUGGUUAGGAAGCCCAGAAGUCCCCACGUGUCGUACUGUGGUUCGGAGGAGCCGCGGCAGCCCCCGCCCCACGUGGAGCCCCCCACAACCCCUGCGUGUGACCCGGGCAAGUUGCGUCUGUUUGAGGAUGCUGAGGACUGGCAGCCCCGCACCGGCACCUCCCAGUCCCGCUCCUUCCGCAAACUGGCCCGGCUGACGGGCACUGAUGGCCGUAAGUCCCUGCCGCUGCCUGGAGCUGCCUGCUGUUGUGGGUCGAGGUGGCACCGGGCCGUGAUGUUCCUGUGCUGUUUGUGUGUUGGCCGUGUGUGUGUGUGGUGCCCGGGGUGCUGGUGUGGGGGAAGCAGGGAGGGCUGCCCGCUUCUCGUCCCUUCGUGCCGUGUGGGGCCGUGCUGCCGCCGACUGACCCUGUCUCCUCCUUUCUUCCCGCUGCAUUCAGUGGAAGAUGAUGAUGUAUUUAUUAAAAAGCCCAGCCAGGUCUCCGUACCGGACCCGUCCCCGGGAGCAGCAAUGAAGACAGAACCAGGAUUGGCCUCCAGGACCCCUGCUGCCACCCCUGGCCCUACCAGCCGCCCACCCUGGGCUGUGGACCCCUCAUUUGCUGAGCGCUACGCCCCAGACAAGACAAGCACAGUGCUGAGCAAGCACAGCCAGCCGGCCACGCCGACCCCCAUGCAGAACCGCAGCUCCAUCGUGCAGGCAGCUCAGCAGGCACCUGAGGGCCCCGGCCGCACCCCCCUCUGCUACAAGUGCAACAAGAUCAUCAGAGGACGCUACCUCGUGGCACUGGGACAUUAUUACCACCCCGAGGAGUUCACCUGCUGCCAAUGCAGGAAGGUGCUGGAUGAGGGUGGUUUCUUCGAGGAAAAGGGCUCCAUCUUCUGCCCCAAGUGCUACGACACGCGCUAUGCGCCCAGCUGUGCUAAGUGCAAGAAGAAGAUCACUGGGGAGGUCAUGCAUGCGCUGAAGAUGACCUGGCACGUGCAGUGCUUCACCUGCGCAGCCUGCAAAACUCCCAUCCGCAACCGUGCCUUCUACAUGGAGGAGGGACAGCCCUACUGUGAGAGAGACUAUGAGAAGAUGUUUGGCACCAAGUGUCGUGGCUGUGACUUCAAGAUUGAUGCUGGGGACCGGUUCCUGGAGGCGCUGGGCUUCAGCUGGCAUGACACUUGCUUCGUCUGCGCGAUCUGCCAGACCAAUCUGGAAGGGAAGACAUUCUACUCCAAGAAGGACAAGCCGCUGUGCAAGAGCCAUGCUUUCUCCCACGUGUGAGGGGCAAGAGUUCAGCUGUGCCCAUGCAUGCCCCUGUUCCUGCAUGCUCCUUUCCCACCCCUUCCCCUGACCCAGGGAGCCAGGCUGAGACUUCACCCCUUCCCCUUGCUCCUGACUCUUUCCUGGCAACUCCUGGCCGGGCCCUGGCAGAAUCAGCACUGGCCCCUUCCAUCUGGCUGGCUUCUUUUGUGCCCCCCUAGCUGACACAGGAGCCUGGGGAAGGGGAUGCCACAUAGGUCUCCUGCCCUGAUGCUGCACAGCACAAUGCUUGUGCUGAGGCUGUGGCUGGGGAGGGUCUGGUUGCAGCAGAGCUGCUCCUUUGCUUUGAUGGGGCCCAGCUGCCUUGGCACUCAGCACCAGGGCAGGGAUGCUCCUAGCCCCCAGCCCCUGCCAAACUCUUCCCUCACCUCCCCAGCUUCAUACUCAGCGCAUGGGACUUGAGCACUGGCUCUUCUCCCCCUGCCCACAGUGACCCCACAGCUCAGCAGACUGCUGCCGUGGUUUCCUACCCAGCCUCACAUAGCUGCACGCCAUGGGGCUGGGAGGGCCGUGGGGCUGUCUAGUGGCAGCAUCACCGUGCCAUGGAGCAGGACUGUGUGCCAUGCCUGCCCUGGCUGUGGGCUGGGAGUGCACACCAACCUCUGGCUAAUGGGUUCCCAUCAGGCUUGAAAACUGCUUCCUACCAAAGAGCGUGUGCCACCGCUAUCCCAGCACUGUAAAUGCCUCUCCCAAACCCCCACCCUCCGGUUGGGCUGCAUUUGAUGUAGCCACGGUGCUUUUAGUGCCUUGAAUAAACACUUUUUUGCGAGUG